AUGUGACGAUGUGGCAACUAAGGUGGAAAUGAAAGAUGUCGCAGAAUGUUUGCCAUCUGAAUCGAGAAGAAAUAAAAAUCCUCAUACACGGGAUAUAGAUUUAGAAGAAGAGAGAGUUAGCAAGCAGCCAUCAAUCUAUACGGAAUCUAACAUCCCAGAAGAGGAAUUCAGUAUUGUUUUGCUUCAUAGCAUGGGGGAAGGUGAAAAGAAGUUGGCGGCCUACAGAGCAGACCUUCGGAAUGCUACAAGCAAGAGUGUGCAGCAAUCCAGGCAAACAAAAGGAUCGAGGGGGAAGGGGCGAGGAAAGAAGCAGAAUAACAAAAAGGAAGUGAUAGAUUUGAGAACCCUUUUAAUUAACUGUGCGCAAGCUGUGGCUGCUGAUGAUCGUCGGAGUGCUAAUGAACUUUUGAAACAAAUUAGGCAGCAUUCUUCUCCAUGUGGUGAUGGAAAUCAGAGACUGUCUUAUUAUUUUGCCGAUGGCCUUCAAGCUCGUUUGGCUGGCACUGGUAGCCAGAUACACAAGGCUCUUGUCAGUAAAAGAACAACUGCAGCUGAUUACUUAAAAGCUUUCCACUUAUAUCUUGCAUCAUCUCCGUUCUGGAAGAUUUCGAGUUUUGUCUCGAAUAAGACAAUUCAGCUGAAGGCAGAAAAAGCAACAAGAGUUCACGUCAUAGAUUUUGGUAUCCUCUAUGGUUUCCAGUGGCCUACCUUUCUUCAACGUAUUGCUGGAAGGAAAUAUGGUCCUCCAAGUGUUCGGAUUACUGGCGUAGAAUUUCCUCAACCUGGAUUCAAACCUGCAGAAAGAAUUGAAGAGACAGGGCGUCGGUUGGCUUAUUAUGCUGAAAUUUUUAACGUGCCAUUUGAGUACAAUGCCAUAGCACAGAGGUGGGAAACCAUCAAAAUAGAGGAUCUUAAGAUUGAAGAUGGUGAAUUUCUCAUUGUCAACUGUUUGUACCGAACCCAGAACUUAUUUGAUGAAACAGUCGUGGCACAGAGUUCAAGAGCUAUUGUUUUUAACAUGUUCAGGAAAAUAAAUCCGGAUAUUUUCAUUCAUGGAAUUGUCAAUGGGGCGUACAGUGCACCAUUCUUUGUCACCCGAUUCCGGGAGGUUCUGUUCCAUUUCUCUGCAUUAUUUGAUAUGCUUGAAGUGAAUGUACCACGUGAAAAACCGGAAAGACUAUUAAUUGAGAGAGACAUUUUUGGGAGGGAAGCAUUGAAUGUCAUAGCUUGUGAGGGCUGGGAGCGCGUUGAACGGCCUGAGACAUAUAAGCAGUG